AGUCUUACCAUCAAUUUCCAUUAAACGAAAUGACGUGCUACAAGUGCAAAAUGGUCUACAAGGACACUUCUAUGAUAUGGAAUAUGGAAGCUCUAAAGUCGAUUGAGAAAUCGGAAUCAACUUUUCACAACAUCCAAGAAAUGAUAAAGGCUUCAAUAUUCAUGAAGCAACAAUUGAAAUAUGAAGAAAAAAAAAAGAUUAAAACCGAAAACGGGAAAAACUCGGUAUACAAACGAUUUUCCGCUCAUCUAACAUUCGACCCUUUAGAACUUCCAGACUUAAAUGGUGUUGUGCGGGAAACUAGUGGGCGAAUGGAUUUAGUAGUUCCUUGUGGUGGCCAACUUAAUUUAGGUGAACUACAAAGAUCACACACUACCUUACAUUAAAUGUAUUUAACAUAAUUACACUAUAAAAUAAUAAAUAA